ACCAAACAGAGGGUUUCUCGUUAGCUGAGUUUUCUAAACCCUCUUUCUUCUUCUUCUUCCUCGAUUUCUCGGCUCUUCGUCAAUGGUGGGUGCUUUAUAUAUCAUGUCAGAGACUGGUGAUUUAUGUCUAGAGCUGUUCCAAAAUGAUCCUUUUUAUCAAGAAAAAAAGAAGCUCUUGAAUUGCAAAGGUUUAGGCGUAAAGGAAACAUUGAGUCAAGAGUUGUUGAAUACUUCUUUCGAAAAGUUGCUUCAGUUUGCAAGAAUACCUAACCUCGAUAAGGUAGAAGUUUAUUUCGGCGACGAUGCCUGCAAUUCAGAAGGAAUUUACAGUGUUAGAAAUGAAAUCUCAGCUCUCAGCUGGAUCCUUUCACUCAUACCAGCACAACUCGAGGCUCUACGAGAAGCUGUAACGAGUAGAAUCAGUGAGGUUGUUGGAUCGGAGAAAGAGGAAGCUAGAGUUGAUGAUAGGUAUGGUUGCGAAAAGGAAAGCAGAUUGUUAGAAUGGGGUCAGAACAAUGGUGUCAAAUCCAAAUUGCAGAUAGCUCAGAUCGAUGGUUAUGGAAGAGGAGCUGUAGCUAGCCAAGACUUGAGAUUUGGUGAUGUUGCUUUAGAGAUACCAAUCUCAAGUAUCAUCUCUGAGGAGUAUGUGUACAACUCUGACAUGUACCCAAUACUGGAGAAGAUAGAUGGGAUGACAUCUGAGACAAUGCUGCUCUUAUGGACUAUGAGGGAGAGGCAUAACCAGGACUCGAAAUUCAAACCAUACUUUGACUCUCUGCAGGAGCAUUUUCGUACCGGUUUGAGUUUUGGGGUUGAUGGAAUCAUGGUUCUUCAUGGUACAUUGCUUUUAGAUGAAAUAAUGCAAGCUAAAGAGCUUUUGCGUGAGAGGUAUGAUGAACUGAUUCAUCAUCUAUCGAACCACCGGGACAUAUUUCCACCUGAGCUCUAUACUUGGGAACAUUACUUGUGGGCUUGUGAGUUGUAUUACUCCAACAGCAUGCAAAUCAAAUUCCCUGAUGGAAAGUUGAAGACUUGUUUGAUUCCUGUCGCUGGUUUUCUCAACCAUUCGAUAUAUCCACACAUUGUCAAAUAUGGAAAAGUAGAUUCCGAAACAAGUUCAUUGAAGUUCCCACUCUCAAGACCUUGCAAGAAAGGGGAGCAAUGUUAUCUUAGCUAUGGAAACUACUCUAGCUCGCAUCUGUUAACGUUUUACGGGUUUUUACCAAAAAGAGAUAACCCUUAUGAUAUCAUUCCCUUAGAUGUUGAUGAAGACAUCGAGAACGAGUUUUCUAGGACAAGUCACAUGUUACGCGGGACUUGGCUCUCGAGGAACCACAACAUCUUCCAUUACGGCUUGCCUACUCCAUUGUUGAACUACUUGCGGAGAGCGCAUGGUCUUGUUCAUCAUUCCGAAAUAGAUCUAUGGAAGAACUUGGAAGUAGAAAUGGGAGUACUCGAGAGUCUAAGAUCAACAUUCGACGACAUGAUGGAAAAUCUUAAAGAUGUGGAUACUAUCGACAGAGCAAACGCGGAUUGGGAUGUGAAAAUGGCGAUGGAGUUCAAAGAGCGGCAGAGAAAGAUUGUCUCUUCCAUUCUUGAUUCAUGUUCUGCUGGUAUCAAGCUGGUUCAAGAGGCAAUAGCUAAACAAUCGGUUUAGCCAAGCAAGAAUGAGAAACCUGGAAAGACGAUGAGAUGUAUCUCCUUAACUUUAAAUUAGUUUAAGAUAAAAGAAUAAUAUAGUCUUGAGUUAAACUUGAGUUCGAUUUUUAAUUAGUUAAUUAAACCAAGAUGGACAGUCUCGGGUAUGAAACUUGAAACAUUU